AUGGAUGGUAAAACAGGAGAAAUAAUCUUUUUCUUUUCUCUUCUUUUUCUUCUUUUUCCUUUCUCUUCUUUUCCUUGUUUUCUUCUUUUUCUUUCUCUUCUUUUUCCUUUUUCUUCUUUUUCUUCUUUUUCCUUUCUCUUUUCUUCUUUUUUCUUUCUCUUUUCUUCCUUCUUUUUCUUUUCUCUUCUUUUUUCUUUUUCUUUCUUUUUCUUUUUUCUUUUUCUUUUUUUUUCUUUUCCUUUUUCUUCUUUUCUUUUUUCCUUUCUCUUCUUUUUCUUUCUUUUCUUUUUCUUCUUUUUUUCUUUCUUUUCCUUUUCUUCUUUUCUUCUUUUUUCCUUUCUCUUCUUUUCUUCUUUUUCUUUUUUCCUUUCUUUCUUUUCUUUUUUUCCUUUUUUUUGUCUUCUUUUUCUUUCUUUUCUCUUCUUUUUUUUUUCCUUUUCUUUUACUUUUUUCUCUUUCUCUUUUACUUUCGAUUUUCUUCUUUUCCUCCAGUAUCCUUUGUAG